UUCCCCGUCUCCUCAGAACAAUGUCACGUGACGCAACGGCCGGAGCCGGAGGAAGAAGACGAAGGAGACGGAGGCGCCAUUUUGUGCGUGCGUUUGUGAGGAGACGAGCGGCGGCGGCGGCGCAGACGAUGGUUUAGGCGAGGCCGGCGGCGGGAGCGACGACAGUCAGCCCGGAGGAGCGGGAAGGGGGUCGCCUCCGCCGUCUCUGCCUUCUCCUUUGUCGCCUCGGCGGGGCCGCGGCCUGGCCGCCCCUCCAGGGAGGAUGUCGGGCAGCUCCAGCAGCAGCAGCAGCAGCGAAGGGGGCGGCGGCGGCGGGGUCGGCAGCGAGGACGCGUGCCGCGACUACCAGUCGUCGCUGGAGGACCUGACCUUCAACAGCAAGCCCCACAUCAACAUGCUGACCAUCCUGGCCGAGGAGAACGUGCCCUUCGCCAAGGACAUCGUCUCGCUCAUCGAGGCGCAAAUCGCCAAGGCACCUGCUAAUGAGAAACUUCCUGUUAUGUACCUAAUGGACUCCAUUGUCAAGAAUGUUGGAAGAGAGUAUCUUUCUGCGUUUCCUAAAAACCUAGUUGCAACAUUUGUAAAUGUGUUUGAAAAGGUGGAUGAAAAUACUAGGAAAAGUUUAUUUAAGUUGCGUUCUACGUGGGAUGAGAUUUUCCCUUUGAAGAAGCUCUAUGCCCUUGAUGUGCGGGUGAAUUCAAUAGAUCCUGCUUGGCCGAUUAAGCCGCUGCCCCCCAAUGUGAAUACUUCUAGCAUCCACGUGAAUCCUAAGUUUUUAAAUAAAUCGCCUGAGGAACCUCCUGCUCCUAGUUCUACGGCUUGCCCUCUUGUUAUCUCUUCUCCAAUUGUUCCUGAAAUUCAAAAGAACUUGACGCAAGAGCAGCUAAUAAGACAACAGCUACUGGCCAAGCAAAAACAGUUGUUAGAACUUCAGCAGAAAAAAUUAGAACUGGAGUUAGAGCAGACUAAAGCACAACUGGCAGUUUCUCUGAAUGUCCAGCAAAAUACAUCCAGUAUGGGUUCAGUCCAGCCGCCUCUGAAGCCACAUCUUCCACAGCCACCCCACAUGCCAGUUAAACCUCUCCACCCAGCUUGCCUGCCUCCUGAAAAAACCCGUCUCUCUCCACUUCACGAUGUCAAAAUGGCCAACCGAGAUCCUCGUCUGAACCGAAUGAGUCAGCAUCUUCCUCAUGCUAAAGAUCAGAGUCACAGGAAGGAUUUUGUAAUGAAUCCCGCAAGUCAGCUCGACAAGCCUAGCAAGAUUCUGCAGGCCGAAAAACACAACGCAUCGAAACAAGAAAAGCUCAGGCUGGGGGACAAAAUGCAGAAGAAAGAGUACGAUCAGUUGGAUUCAAAGUUGAAAUCUCCAUCUCCCUUGCAAAACAAGCUUCUUCACUCUAAAGACACCAGAAACCAAGAGUGCGAGAAUAUGAGAGCGUCUGAGAUGAGCAAAAGAGACCCACGGCUGAAAAAACAUCUUCUGGAUAAGCCCGAGGGUAAAGAUGAUGAUGCCAAAGAAAAGAGAAGAAGUACAGAGAGAAAAGAUAAAGAAGAACAUCGAUCUGUUGGCAGCAGGAGUAAAAUUAUUAACGGCGUGGUCCAAAAGCAAGAUGCCAGCAUGGAAGAGUCGGGAAAACAAGGAAGGUCAAGUACUAGGAAGAGGUCACGUUCUCCUCGAUCUCGGUCGCCGUCUUCCCAUUCUCCGAAACGAAGAGAUCGGAGAUCCCCCAAGCGAAGGCUGCGAAGCCUUUCUCCUUCGGGACCAAAAACGUUGAAACCUCGGCAGUUGGGUCCCAAGCAGCCCCACCCGGAAGAUUUUGGGCAAGGGUCCCGGGAUGAAAGGGGCUCUAAUAAGAGGAACCUCAAACAGGAAAUGAGGGAUUCGAGGAGGCCAAAGAAAAUGCACGAAGACCGGCCGCAGGAGGGGAUGAAUCAGCACUCUUCGAGAGCAAGUUCAGAACCCAAAGAAAAUGUGGAAAAUUGGCAGGGUUCCAAGUCAAGCAAACGGUGGAAGUCUGGUUGGGAGGAAAAUAAAAAUCCUCAACCUGCUGAAGACCAUCAGGGACUUGGUAAAUCACCUCACCCAAGGCACAGGGACACCUGGGCAAGUAGUAAAGGUGUGCCGGCACCUCGCACACCAAAGCAGCACCGAUUAAGCGUGGAUGCUAACUUGCAGAUUCCCAAAGAAUUAACUGUGGCGAACAAGAGAGAUUUGCUUAAGAAGGCAAACGAACGCAUGUCGUCCGGGGAAAUAACGCAAGAUGAGUUCCUGAGUUUGGUUCACCAGAUUCGUCAGCUCUUCCAAUACCAGGAAGAAAAACACAGAUGUAACGUGUGGGAUAGCCCCUCAGCGGAAAAGGGCAUUUUGAAGAAGAAGCCUCUAUUGUCCGAUGCCGAUUUAAUCUAUCAUGAACACAAAGCUAAGCUAAUACGGACGCAAGUUCAGCAUUCGUUUCCCAGACUCAACAUGCUGGAUCCUGACGAAAUGCUAGACUAUCACCUAAGUGACGCGUUUCUUUCCGAGUUGGAAUGCGAGCAAACGAAAAGCAAACAGUUUGGGGAGCGAUCAAGGCGGCAUUCUCCUGUGAGUGGCAACAGACCAUACUCGGAUAAUUCAACCCAUGAUAGUCGGAGAAGGCACGACGAACCCAAUUCUUCAAAAGGUGUUCGAGAAGAGCAGAGAUCUCCAUUUAGCGACCAGUACAAGAGAUCGAGAUACGAAGAUACAGAGAAACAUUUUACUGAGAGUUCAGGAGCACGGUUUGGGGUCAUCGAUGGAAAGCCAAGAUUUGGAGGCCUGAUAGAGGAAAGGUCUCAUUUUGAGGGCUCUCCUAGGCAUCCCAGUUCAAGGGCAGGCGGAGAAGGACAAGCGAGCCAUUUUGAAGGGCCUGCUAAUACAAAUUCCAGAAUGGAAGGGCCACCAGCACAGAACAGUUUAAGGUUCGAAGGGGCCAUGGGGCAGCCAACAUCUCAGUGUGAUGGCCCACCAGGACCGUCUGGAGGAAAAGGUUCUCUCCUGUUCGAUGGACCACCAGGGCAGAUGGGUGGUGGUCCCCUGAGGUUUGAAGGGCCCUCAGGGCAGGUCGGUGCAGGGUCUGCUAUACGUUUUGAAAACCCUAUGGGGCAGCCAACUGGAAGCUUAAGAUUUGAGGCACCCACAGGUCAAGCUAUGGGUGGCAUGAGGUUUGAAGGGCCUCAUGGUCAGCCACCAGGCGGGUUGAGGUUUGAAGCGCCCCAUUGCCAGCCAUCUACUGGAAUGAGGUUUGAGGGACCACACAGUCAGCCAUCUUCUGGGGUGAGGUUUGAAGGGCCUCUUGAUCAGACGUCAGGUGGGAUGAGGUUUGACGGCCCUCUUGGUCAGCCGUCAGGCGGAAUGAGGUUUGAGGGUCCACAUGGCCAGCCUUCGAGCGGAAUGAGAUUUGAAGGGCCUCAUGACCAUUCUGUGAGACCUCACGGUCCCCCAGGAGCUGGACUGAGAUUUGACGCACCCCACAGUCAACCGGUAGGUCCUCAUGGUCAACCUGGGGCUGGGCUACGGUUCGAAGGGCCACUUAUGCAGCCAGUAGGGCCCCAUGGUCAGCCAGCAGGUAGUUUGCGCUUUGAAGCCCCCCAUGGUCAGCCCUUGGGCCCACCUGGUCAGCCAACAGGUGGACUUAGAUUUGAGGGGCCCCAUGGCCAACCUAGAUUUGAGGGGCCACACGGACAGCCAGGGAUUGGUCCUAGAUUUGAGGGCCCCACAGUCCAAUCUGGAGGUGGACUUGCAUUUGAAGGGCCGAUGAACCAAACUGGCCCCAGGUUUGAUUCCAGAUUUGAUGGCCAGCCAUCACUUUUGCGAAGACUGGACGGAUUGCAUGUACAGCCCGGUCCCAGGUUUGAAAUGGGGCCCGCACAGCAGACUCCACCUCGGUUUGACGGGCCACCCGGUCAGCCUGUACAGCCCAGAUUUGAUACGCCGAUACCUCAGAGGUUUGACGACCCUCAGCAUCAACAAGCAGCACGAUUUGAUCUCCCUCUCGGUCAAGGCCCGAGAAUGGAGAACGUAGCAAAUCUCCCCGCCUCAAGGCAUGAAACGCCGCCGUAUGGACAAAGUGGACCAUAUAACGAACCUUCCAACCAGCCUUAUAGUGGGCCGUCACAAGGAAUGCCAUUUCAAAGACCAGAGCAAAUGUUUGAUUCUCCUCAAGGACCAAGUUUCAGCGGGCCGCCCGUUUCCACAGCACAGAACUUUCCUAAUGCACUUAACAGGGCCCCUGGACAUUACUAUGACGACAAGAACCUUCAGGGACCUCAGUUUGGAAACUUCAAUAAUAUGGCGGGGAAUGUUCAGCAGCAGAUGCCUGUUAUGCCAGUUGGAGCUGUUCAGCCUGUACCUUUCAGUCAAGCGCAGCCACUCUUACCAGUUCAUGUUCAAAAUCCUGGUACCUUUGUCCAGACUCAAGCAGGAAACGCCCCACUUUCCUACGCUGAUAAUCAUCUUGGACAGCUUGAUGUAAACGAGUUGUACUCAAAGCUGCUUUCAACAGGAAUCCUUAAAGUUUUACAACCUGAUGCAACUUCCUCCCAACCCAGUGAAGUUUCCACCCAGCCAACUCUGGAGGAAGACGAAGAGGACCAGGACCAGAGUGAAGAUCAGGAAGUCCCAGACCUCACUAAUUUUGUAAUAGAGGAACUGAAACAGCGUCACGACAGCGUUAUCAACCGGCUGUACACCGGCAUUCAGUGUUACUCUUGCGGCAUGAGGUUCACGACAUCGCAGACAGAUGUGUACGCGGACCACUUGGACUGGCACUAUCGCCAGAACCGCACAGAAAAAGACGUCAGCAGGAAAGUCACUCACAGAAGAUGGUACUACAGUUUGACGGACUGGAUAGAGUUUGAAGAAAUAGCUGAUCUAGAGGAGCGUGCAAAGAGCCAGUUCUUUGAAAAAGUACAUGAAGAAGUUGUGUUAAAAACACAAGAAGCUGCUAAGGAGAAAGAGUUUCAGAGUGUUCCUGCAGGGCCUGCUGGAGUAGAUGAGAGCUGUGAAAUUUGCCAGGAGCAAUUUGAGCAAUAUUGGGACGAGGAAGAGGAAGAGUGGCACUUAAAAAAUGCCAUUAGAGUAGACGAAAAGAUCUACCAUCCAUCGUGUUACGAAGAUUAUCAAAAUACCUCUUCAUUCGAUUCGACGCCUUCUCCUAGCAAGACCCCCGUGGAAAACCCACUAAACAUGAUGUUGAAUAUUGUCAAGCAAGAGGUUCCGGAUUCCUGCAACAGUCCCCAAAUCAAAGAGGAGUCGGAGGAAAAGCUUGACGAAUGUAUGGCUGGGAGCUCGUCGGUGCUUGCCGAAAUUAAAACGGAACCUGAAAAGGUUGAGUCGGUUUAAACAAAUUUGACUUUUUUUUAAAUUGCAGAGAAGCGCUACUGUGUUCUAGCUGACCCUAGAAGGCAAAAGAAUUUUUAUAUGAAUAAAAUGUCCUCCUGGGGCAGGGCCCCAGCUGCUUAUCGGGUUAAUAAAUACAUUUUUGUAUUUGAAUUUCUUAUUGCCUGCACAGUGUCAGGUGUCUAUUGUGUGGAAGUUCUGUCGAUGGCGUACCAAUUCAACAGGAUUAGACUGUAUAUGUAAGAAGAAAUGGUAUGAUUUUUUUUUUUCAUUUGUGGAAAUGUAAAUUAUAAAUAAAAAGAUAUUUUUGCUAUCUAUGGAGUGUAAUGUUUAUGCACACCAUUCAAUAAAAAAAAAUGUAUUUCUGUUUUGGUGGUGUUUUGAUGGAACUGAAUUCAGGCUUUGGCAGAAGGCCUAAUCCUUCGAUAGGAUUCUCGGAAGAGACGACAAGACAGACUGUUUUGAAUUCAUAGGGAAGUUAAGGAGAGCAUUGCCGUUCCGGAGGAAGUUCCUGCUAACAGCGGCUUGGUGUUUUCGUAACCUGCAUUCAUAACUACAUUCUUAACAGAGAAGGCUAGGAGGCAAAUAUAACAAAAGUGAUUUGUGCUUGACUUGGAAUCCGCACCAAAAGUUUACAACGAAGAGCCCUGGGCUACACCCAGAGCUGCGUUCUGAAUCCACUUUUCUUAAAUUACUACUUUCCCCUUUUCCCUCUAGCCAACACAUCAGAACUUAGUUCGGCCAAAGGAAUUUUCUUUCAGUUUUUACGAGGAGAAAAGUGUAAGAUUUUUGCAACGUUGGUUUAACGUUUUUGUUGAUUUAUAGCUUGGGUCUAGGCGGGAAAGGGAUUACCAUGAGAUGUUAAUAUUUAUUUCGUGUAAUAAACUAGAGUGAAGCAUA